AUGGAAGGGCAAAAAUCGAAUGCAUCAUGGGAGAGCUCGAUCAUCGAGGGCCAAUUGUCUAAAAAUCUAGCAAGGUACACCUUGUUAUUAGACAAAUUAUCGACACUAUCUCAAAUAGACAAGCUGUCUGAAGUGAUAGCCAAUGAUUACGCAAAACAAUCUAAACAAUUAAAUGCAUUUGUGCAACAGUCGCAAUCAUCGCUCAACAAAGAGUCCCGGAAAUUAGAAUUGCAAAGAACUAACCUUACGACUACUUUGACUCAGUUUCAUGAGACUGUGGCCACCAUUUCUUCUUCGAACGCAAGAGCAAAAGCUAUACAUGACGAUAUUGAAACUGUAGAUCAGGAACGCGCUUUGGUCAACAAAACGUUACAAUUUGUAAAAGACGUCAGGACGCUAAAGAAUAAUAUUUCACUGGCGCAUUCUGCUUUAGAAACAAAGGAUUACUUAGUUGCUGCGACAGCAAUCAAUGAAAUUAGAAGCCUUCCGGAUAAAAAACUUAUUGUAUCCGAGUUUGCCAAGAAAGUUGUGCCCUCGAGUGAAAUUCCCGAAGAACCAGCUAUACUAAUAAAGAAUUGGUGUAAGGAACUGACAAGUUUAUUUCAGGAGCAAUUCAUGGAAGCAACAAGAACACAGGAUAUUAAAGAGCUAACCUUAAUGUUCAAAAUGUUCCCUAUGAUUGGGCAGGACGUACUUGGUUUAGACCUGUAUUCCAAAUAUGUCUGUGAUAUUAUUGCGGACGAAAGCAGGAAAAUUAUGUCGAAUUCUAUGGAAAACAGCACCAAGUUUCAAGGAUUUUUUUCACAAGUACUGUUACAUCUUUUUAAAAUUGUAUCGACCAUUAUAAAUGAUCAUUCAAAAGUCAUCGCCACGUGUUAUGGAAAAAAGCACAUGGUGCAUGUCAUGGAAAAAGUAGAAAAAGAAGCUGAUCUUCAAGCUAGUUUGAUUCUAGAUAUUUUUAUGGAGACGAGGAAAAUAGAAAGGACUAUACAUGAUAUAAAUGAAUGGGAACAUUCACAAAAGAAUGAAGAUGUGAAUAUAGACAGUAAUCAGUCGGAUAUCGAAACAGACGGAGAAACGGAAAAGAGCUCAAUUAUAUCCAUUCAUGACUUGGCAUUAUUGAUAAUGGAAUUUUCUCAAAUACUUCAAAAUUGGUCCAUGUAUUCUAGAUUUUAUUCAGUUAAAUGGAAUGAAUUUAGCGAUUUGCAUCCGCAUGUAUUGCAACCACCUCCACCAAUAGCAGAUGGUAAAUUUGCCUUAAAGUUAAAGCAAGAUAAGGUCUUUGAUGAGUUUCAGGUGUUUGUGUUGAACCAUCUGCAGAGAUCAUUUAGAAAUAGUAUUUCACUAGAAGAAUUACCGUCACUGAACGAUCUUAUAACUGCUGUUCCCCUCAAUGACCACGAUAACAUUUCAUACCCUGUAACAUCUGUUUUAGAUGACUUAAUUUUAUUAGUUCGGAAAAAUCUGAUAUCAGUGGUUAAUACUGGCCAGUUUAAGCUCUUAGCAAGUUUUUUGAACGAGUUGGUAAAAUUUUUUCAGAACCGAUUUCUGGUAAAAUUUAUGCAAAACAAAUUUAAGUUACUACAAUCGAAACUAGCCUCCAAUGUAUCUUUGAAAAGAUACAUUCCAAAAGGUGAGGAGCAAUCUGCAACAUCAAGAUCGGUUUCUCCACCUGCAAAUAAGUUUUCUCCGCUAAGCAGGUUCACUUUUAGAGGGGCAGCAGCUAGCGCUUUGACAAAUAUUCAAUCAAAUUUACAAGCCGUAGUUGCAGAGGACGAGGAUUCCAUUCUUGCGUUGCACCAUUAUUUGAUAUAUCUGAACACGUUGUACUUGAGUAAAGUAUACGUUCACAGGCUGUUAUCCAUAGAAAUAUUAGAAGACGAUUCGCAAAGGAUUUUGAGAGACAAUUUCCCUUUUGACAAUGAUGCAGCGCAGUUACAGAAUUUAAUUAUAAACUCAGAAAAAUUAGUCCUGGAACAAACAGAUAAGCUAAGCAAAUGGGCUGUCAAAUACUUGUUCCAAAAUAUCCUACAAAAUAGGGUUCGGAACUUAUUGGGAACUGUUUUUGUUAAUUCAGCCUCAUCAAAUUCCUCAACGUCCAAUCAAAAAAAUGUGUCUCGCGAUUAUUCUGCAGGUUCGAACCAAAAGAAUUACAUCACAAGCAUAGAAGAUUUCGAAGAUUUGUCGCAAAUUAACAGUUUCAAUAGCAAAUGGAACCAAUUGAUUAUCCCUUACAAAAAUAUUCUUCACAACGAAGCAUAUGCAGAGUUGCUAUCUGUCAUAGUCGACUACAUCGUAACAACAUUGGAGCAAAGAAUAUGGACUCUAGAAUUCAAUGAACUUGGUGUUACGAAAUUAGAUAGAGAACUGAGCCUUUUCAUCGGCAAUAUGUGUGGCUUGAACUAUAAUCUCAGAGAGAAGUUCUUGAAAUUGACACAAAUCGUGUUGCUUCUCGGUUUAGAUGAUGACAAUUUUGAUUUGACUACAGGUGAUAUCAAGGAUGACUUCAAUGGUACUUUCGAUUGGGUGAUAAACUCUCAGGAAAGAAUUAAAGCUAGAAAUAUGAAGAUUGAUAGAACACAGUAA